AUGUAUUCAGGAAAUAACAGCGACAAAUCAGACCAAACUACCCAAUACCAUAGUGAAUAUGAAGAGACAGAGGAAAUUAGAGACACUUAUGAAAUCCCACCCAACCCAACCAUGAUAAACCUCACUGGUGUCCAUGACCAACGACCAAACAUAUUGCAGCAACUUGGAAUAAACAACAAAACUCUGAGACAGAUCCUAAUAAACAUGUUAGUCUACGUUUUUGCUAUAUUAAUUAGUUUACAAAUAUGGGAUUACAUGUCUCAAAGGAAAUGUCAUUAUUACAAAGAUUUAUUAUUAAGACUUGUAAGAUACCAAUCACAUAUGAAUGAUGCUAAUCUGGAUUAA